GAAGCACUGAAAAAAACGGUUCAAACAAGCACCAAGUCAAUGGACUUCAACAGGGAAAUGCACUGUGACUAAGGGGAAGCUGAGCUUCUUCUUGCAGUCUUAAAGAAAUCGCCACUGGAGUAGCAGGACAAAGGUUGCUGUCUAGUUCAGCCACACCUAUGCAUGGAGGAGUUUUCACCACCCUACUACUGCAACAUUAUAUCCACGCCCAGAAGGGUAGUCUAACGUUCUAACCACACCCCCGGCAACAGCCUUGACAGGAAGAGAGGACUGUUUCCGUGGACAGAGACAAGGAGGAAAGAUGCAGGGGUGUACACCCAACAUGAAGCUUUACAGCCUGUGUCUGACUGGCGCACUGAUACUACUGAUCGUCUAUGCCUGCUUCUAUUCUGAAAGCAUCAGGCCUGUCCUACAUGAUAUCGGUAUUAUUGACAGGAAAAGUGACAGAUUUCAUGAUAAUGGUGCUAAUUCAACCUGCGGCUUGUUACUCCUGAGAACUUUGUCCAGCCAUCACCCCUCCAAGACCCGGAACAAGAUCCUUCCACAGGGGUUGUUGUACAAGAAGCCCAGUGUGGUGUCGGGUCGUACAGAUGUGGUUUCCGUGGCACCCUGGAUGGCUCCUAUAGUCUGGGAAGGGGGCUUUGACUCAGUUGUCCUGGACAGCAUCUACGAGCAAAUGAACAUCACCGUAGCAACAACCGUCUUUGCUCUGGGAAAGUACGUUGCAUUCCUGAAAGACUUCCUAGAGACGGCAGAGAAGCACUACAUGGUUGGCUAUAAGGUUGACUACUACAUAUUUACUGACAGACCUGGAGACAUUCCAAAUGUUACCCUGGCAGAAGGGAGACGGGUGAGAGUGUUGAAGGUGCCCAGCUCCAACCGCUGGCAGGAAAUCUCAGCUCGCAGGAUGGAGAUGAUCCAGCUGCUCAUCGAGAAUACGAUCAGGGGUCAAGCAGACUACAUCUUCUGUCUGGACGUCGACUCCAAGUUCCACGCUCACUUUGGGGUGGAAGUUCUGGGUCGACUGGUUGCUACGAUACACCCAGGUUACUAUGCUACGGAUCGAGGAAGCCUUCCGUACGAACGCCGUCCGGAGUCACGGGCCUACAUCCCCUGGGGGGAGGGAGACUUCUACUACGGAGGCGCCGUCUUUGGAGGACUGCUGGAGGAUGUCCGUGCCAUGACAGAGACCUGCCGUCGAAAUUUUGAGGCGGACACGGCCAAUGGGAUCGAGGCAGCGUGGCAAGAAGAGAGCCACCUGAACAGGUACUUUACGUACAACAAGCCGUCCAAGUUGCUGUCGCCUGAGUACCUGUGGCAGGACAUCCAUGGCUGGAGCAAGGAUGUCAAGAUCAUUCGCUUCUCAGGGGUGGCCAAGAACUAUGCUGACUUCCGGCCCAACUGAGGGGAAAAGGACGUGAUGUCAUAAACUGUUUCAACUGAGUGUAUCCUACCCAAGCCCUGGGUACAUUUCUAUAAUCUUGUGGAAGUCAUUCGGUUUUCAGUUGUACACUGGGUGUCUUGUUCAUAGGUGGGGUGUAAGUAAACUGGCGUAUUCAGGCACAUGAGCAGGAAUCUGUGAACAGAAGUGGAUUCCUCCUCCUCUUCCUCUCAUCCUCCUUAUGAAUCCCCUGAAAAAGCUUUCUGAAGUGCAGUCGGUAACUAACAGUUAUGCAGGUUGAUUUUGUAUCUCUGGGAAGGAUUAUCAAUUAAACUAUGAAGAACUAUUCUGGACUAUUGUUAGAAAUAGAGUUUGUGAUUGUCUGUUUGAUAUGCUUUUGAUGUUUGUCUUAAAUUAUUUGCUGUUCGCCAAAACUCUGGUCUGAUUAUGAUGAAAACAUCCUAUUUCUGAAUGUAUUUCUUGGAUGCUCCGAUGGGGCAACUGGAAUCUAUGACCAGCUGGUUGAACACCAGGGGCGGACUGGCCAUCGGGGAAACCGGGGGAUUUUUCCAAGUAGGCCACUGAUUGGUCGAUACGUGCGAUGCAUUGAGUGGGCCGCGCGCCGUGUACUGAGUGGGCUGGUCUGACAGUAACUCCCGGGCCACUGUUUAACACCGAUCAUCCAUUGUUACUCUUACAGUUUUUUCCAAAUGCUUAGACGCAAAAAUGUCAAAUAACACACAGUGAAAUCUGACACUCAAGGAGCAAAACAAAACCCCAGACCUGCACAACUAUAAGCACAUUCUAAUCCUCACACCAUUUGCUAAAUACUACACACAGUGUAUUGCAAAUCGCUAAACACACUUUUCUACAUUUGACACAGAAAUGUACGAUGACAUCACUUCAUUGCCAUUUUGAGACACUGUCUUGUUAAAUGCCACAUGUGGAUCCAACACGGGCAUCGGGUGAACAAGUACUAAAGCGCUCAACUAUAAACACACCAAUUAGGUGUAAUAAGUAUAAAAACAUUUUAUACAUGAUUGUAUAGUUUUGAACAAAGUGUUUCAUUUUGCAAAAGAUUGGAGGUGUUCUGCUACUUGUGUGUUGUGUAAAACGUGUGUUGUGUUUUGACAAAGUGAGUCUUGUUUUCAAAAUUGUGCUUAAGCAAUUGGAAAAAACUGUAAACUUCAGGACGGUGUAAAUGUGAGAUCUAGUUUGAGAUGUGAGGUUACACUGCCCUCUUGUGGACGGCUUGCAGACUCAAAUCUACAUGACGCUACUAGACUGUCAGGUGCUACUUAUGCAGACAGAGUGGAAGAUAAACUAAAUCCUUCAGAGUUUUGGUGUAAACUCACCAGUCUUCUGCCAGCCUUCACAUUUGAAAAUCUCCAAUGAAGGAGCAGAUCUCACAUGAUAAGGGAGAGCAUUCCAAAACUUUGGCCCAACCACAGAAAAAGCCUGAUCACCGUUUAAUUUGUAGCGACAUCGUGUCGCAUUUAAAAGCAGGUGUUUUGAAGAUCUGAGUGCCUUAGCAGGACAGUAUGGCACAAUGAGAUCACAAAUAUACCUUGGUGCAUUAGCCAGACAAUGCCUCCUCAAAUCAACUCUAAACUUAAUGGGAAGCCAGUGAAUGGAUGCCAAAACAGGAGAAUAUGACCCCUCUUUCUAGACCCUGUCAAAAGUCUUGCAGCUGCAUUUUGAACAAUUUGUAAUCGAGAUGUAGAGUGAGGAAGACCACAAUUGAGUUGCAAUAGUCUAAUUGUAAUGUUACAAAUGCAUGAAUUGCGACUUCUGAAUCUUUGCUUGAAAGAAGAUUCUUCAACUUUGCAAUAGAUCUUAAACGGAAAAAGCUUCCUCUAAUAACAGCACUAAUUUGUUUGUCAAAAAAUUGUGAAGAGUCAAAGGUCAUUCCUAGGUUUUGGAUUUGUUUGCUUGAUUGUUGAGAUAGGACCUAACUGGGCUUUCAUAGCUGGAGUGGAAUGUGCCGGGCAACCCAGAAUUAAAACGUCUGUUUUAUCCUCA